AUGUUCACUUGGAAUGGAAAUGGACGGGAAGGCUGGCUCAACAAGCAAGCGGAGGGAAUGCUGGGAAAGAAGUGGCAGAAGCGCUGGUUUGUGCUGGAGGGUACAAGUUUGAGGUACUCUCACACUCCAGAAUCGGAAUCUCGACGAGUAUUCGACAUGGACAGCAUUAUGAGCGUGUCUGCUGGUGCAAAGCCCACGGAGUUCCAGAUCCAGGUGAUGGAUGGGCUGAACAAGUUGUCGAAGCUAGGUCCUGAUUCUCCGAGGCAUUCUGACUCUCCGAACUCGAGGUCGACAAGGAGCAUGUGGAACGGGUUGCUUGAUAGAACGCUGUCUCCGCCUCGGAUCAGAGGAGCUGGCUCCACCAAGGAGGCCACGUCCCCAGAGCCUCCUGAUAUUCCUGACUAUCCGGCGCCAUCAGGGAAUGGGCAAGCAGGGUUGAAAGUGGAUGUGUCAAACACCAAAUGGACGCAGCGAACGAUCCACCUCAUGUGUGAGACCGAAUGGGAUCGAGACGCGUGGGUGCAGCGGGUUCGUACAGCGAUGUCACUUCGAAAAGUCACCAAGGACGCGAUCAAGAUCGCCACAGAGAAGCUUGAGUCACAAGAAUUCGAUGAAGAAGCAGGCAUCUCGAUCCAAUCGAUCGCAGAGAGCUUGGUUCGAAAUGAUUCCGAGGGCAUCUAUGAAGAUUUGAAAGAUACAAAGAUCGAGCUGCAGUUCAGUGACUCUGACAUAUUCCCCAUGUUGAAUCCAUUGAAACAGAAUCAGACGAUCAAACAUCUUGACUUGAGAUGCUCAAUGGAUGGUGUUAGAGGAGGCUUGACAGACGAAGCAGCCACUAUGAUCAGCUCAUCCUUGAAGACAAACACAACCCUCACUACUCUACUUCUCACCAACAACAGUAUCAGUGACGCAGGUGCGUCAGCUAUCGUAGAUGCAGUGAUGCAGAAUAUGACUUUGACGGAGCUUGACCUUGACAACAACUGUGAUAUCACCGAGGAUGGAGUGACAGAGAUCUACAGCAAAGUCUCGAUGAUGGGGCACGACAGGUUUCAGCUGAGGUUGCCAGAGAAGGCAUUGCUGCAGCGAGCUAUCACCGGCAACGUAGAGAGCGUCCUCAAAGAAUCGGAAGCAGUCAUGCUCAGCUCUGUUGUCUGGCCCAGAUUCAACCUCGAAGAUCCACAGCUCUUGCAAAAUUUACACGAAAGCUGGGGCCAGCAGGGUCUGGAGUUUGUGACCCCCGACAAGGUCAUGGGGGGAGGGGGACGGUUUCAGUUUGGCCUGCUACAGCAUCGCAGUGGGCCUUGCGGUGUUCUCGCAGCUGUACAGGCAGAGCUGCUCAAGUGUAUCGUGUGGCCAGACGUGCAAGAAGACGAGAACGUGGACUGCAUGGACUGGGACAAGCUGGACAGGGAGGUUCUGGAUGACGUGUCAACGAGAAGCCUUGUGACUGCGAUCUCGUCCAUCCUGUGGCGUGCAAGGCCCGACAAGAGCUCCCGUUGCAAGGUCGUCAUUGUUGAGGACCAGCUGAAGGAUCUGCUGGACUGGCGAUGUUUGCGGGUGGUUCAAUGUUCUACCUACGAUCAGCUGGAGAAGCUGGUGAGGUCUUCACUCGACAUGUUUGUGAAGCCUGGAGGAGUCGUGCUGCUGGUCUACGGAGCUGUCUUGACCCAUGGGCUCCAUAGAGUGUGGGAGGAGACGGGGAACAAGGGUAAGCUGCCUAUGUCGAGCAGCUGCCACCCUCACCCCAAUGGCUACUCGCUAAUCGUGUUGGAAUCGGACGCGUUCUUCUGCGAGCAGAGUCUCGUCAACCUCCUGCUCAUUGGACACGCCACCCCUGAUCUUGAGCCCAAGGCAAAGAGUAUGAUCGGCUUCCUGACCUACACCGAGAACUCGAAGCCUCUCAGUUCCCCGGCAAACUGGAAGGAUCACUCCGUCGUGGGCACGAACUACAAGACCCCGAAGGUUCCUAUCUGGGUCGUUCAUGGUGGGAGUCACUACACCGUGCUCAUAGCGAGAAGCAAGGGGCUGCUGCGCUUGCCUGAGCCCUCCCAAAAGGAGGACCAGGACAGCGUGAAGAUAAGGAAACACAGGAGAGUCCCUAGCGGAGGGAUGGCAGGAGAGUUUGUGUUGGAGCACUACAAUGGACUUCCUCCUUCUGGCCCAAGGCUGUCGAAGCUCUUCAUGUCUUUCAGCUUCGAUCAGGAUGGAAACCCAAUCGACGAUAUGGACUCGAGGAGAAAGUGGAGCUUGGAUCACUCUUCUACGCCAGAGGGUGUACCGAAGGAGAUCGAUGUACCUUGGGGACAAGGCGAGCUGUUUGACAAGCGCGAGGUCAAGGUCGGCUCUGUGCUGAUUCAGACGUCCAAGAGCGGACCCAACGGGCUGGACCUGAUCAACGCUGGGCCAAGAUUGCUGCGUGCUCAUGACACCUCCGACAUGGUGAAGACCCUUCAGUUUAUGAUCGGCAACGAGGACACUGUGCAGUCUGUUCACUGGAGGAGAAACCCGAGCAGCGAGUGGAGACCGUUGGGCAAGGACAUCAGUGAGCUUACGGAUAACUUUGAGCUCCUCUUGUGCUGCUCCGCCGUCCCCAUGUAUCCGAUCCCUCCUUCGCUGGAGACGGUCGAGGUAAAAGGAGGUUUCCAUGUAACGAACAAGAGGGAGUUCUCGGACGGCCACUCCACCGAGUUCGAGAUAGCUCUGGACCCGCAGACGGAGGCCAAUGUUCUCUUCUCUGCGAUGUACUAUGACAGCAAGAAACAUCUUCCUGACAUAAUCGUCCCUACGGACAAGCAUGUGAUUAGGAUAGCUCCAGGGAUGCUCCCACAGAUCGUCAGCAGGCAACUAGUAAGGCUGUUCCAGUGGCUGCUGUGUGAGCUUGUGAGGCAGAGUGAAGACGAGAAAUGGCGAUGCCGAGGCUGCUCCCUCCGCUGCUCGCAGAGCUCCAUGUCUGAGCAAGACUACUUUAACUGUCUGUGCGCAGUCAACGAUCCUGAUUCAGUCAUAUGCAAAGUUUGUCAGCAGCCCCUGGAAGUCAGCGGAAGGUGCCUUUGGCUCGAGUACGGUCGUCUGCCCAUGCAGAUCAAGGUUAACGCCUUUUACCGCAGUCGCACAUCGAUAGCAGCGAUCGUUGGCGACCGCAAGCAUCGCAGGUGA